AUAUGAUGUGGGCUGUCUUUAUAAGGUGUACGAUAAUUAUUGUGUAGAGAUACGAGGAAAAACUGAUUACCUGUACCGUAAACAAAAUAUAUUUUUAUUCAGUUAAAAUAUUUCAGACUGUUUGCUAAACAGGAACAAAUUAAACUCUAACGUGAGAAUAGUUUAUAAACGGACUUCGUUGAUUAUAUGCGGAUAUUUUAAAUCAAAUUUUAUUGAAAAAUGAAAUUUCUGCUCUCUAUACUCGUUAUCAUUGGCAACUUGAAUGUGUUGCUUGCAAACAAUGAUAAUUGUAGAGAAAACGAUCUGAAUGCUUUAAUAGUACGUGGACUUCGAACAGAUUUUGACAAACAGAAGAAUGUUCUCGAGGACCAAAAAGCAGAAAUUGAAGACCUUAGACAAGAAAUCAACAAUACAUCUUCAGAACUUAAAGAACUUAGACAAAAUACAUCUUCAGAACUAGCGGAAAUUAAAGAGAGCAUGAGAAAUAUGACAGAAGUUGUAGGAAACAUCAUUAAAGACCUUGAGGAGAGUACUUCCGGUUUAGAUAACUUAAAGGUGGUUACAGAUGAGAUCAACAAAAAGUGUGAGGAUGGACUUUCAGACCUGUCUAAAAAUUUGGAAAGACAGACGAAUGAUUUGAGAUCUUCUUCCACAGAAAGCAUCAAAAACGUGUCAGAAGUUGUGGUAAAUAUUAAGAAAGACGUGGAGAAGAGCACUUCCCGUUUAGAUGACUUAAAGACAGUAACAGAUGAGAUCAAAGAGCAAAUGGAAAAGUUGGAUCAGGCAACUGAGAAAAAAACAC